AACACCAACACACCCCUGCGGUCACACGUCGACCACGAAGGCAAAAGAUAAAAAGAUAAUAGCGACGAAUAAUGGGCGAUUACUACCGUGGAAGAGAAGAAGGUCGUGGAGGAGGUAGAGGGGGGGGUCCGAGACGCUCUCAGAAGAGACGUCACAGAGACGAUGACGAUGAUGAUAAAGAAUAUCGACGCUCACGUCCGUAUGAGAGGGAGGAUCCAGCCUCUAGAUUGCGAAGGGACACCAUUUCAAUCGCAGAAUCUCCUCUGACCAAAAUUGAGGAAACCAUCAACCUAAUUGCAAAUACUUUCGCCUCAAAUUGCGAUAGUGAGGAGCUCCGCAAUACUUUCCUCAAUACCUUGCUCUCUCUGGUUGUUGAGCAACCUUUCAAAAUUCCUUUCCUUACGGCUGCUGUUCUUGUCAUCAAUUCACGGAAUGCCGAAGCUGGGAAGUUGAUCCUCGAUGAAUUUGGGAAGGCUGCACAGGCAUAUCUUACUGAAGGAUUCCUCACUAGUGCAAAGCUUGUCUUGCGCUUCCUCGCCGGGCUUCAGGGAAUGGUGGAAGGCGAGGGAUUAUACUUUGUGUUGGGCGGUAUAGUCGAUCAGGCUGCCGGUUAUCUUGCUGCGGAAGAAGUGGGACUGGCCCUGGACCUGGUGUGGAUUACAUUAAUAACUGUUCCCUACAUUCUCGCCUCAUCAAGAUCCGACAAUAGCUUAGCCAGCGAGCUUUUGAAAAAGACAAGCUCUAUCACUGAGGUUAAGCACAGGAUGCAAUCGCUGCUAAGUCCGUUUACAGGAGGAUAUGCCCCCUACGAUGCGAGGGCCCAAGGAACCCAUAAUGCCCGGAUACUUCAAUUGAAUUUGGAAGCAUGCUUGGGGAGUGAGCCAAGUAGGCCCUUCCAUGGUGUAGGCUGCUUGCCAAGGCCAUAUGAAUCUUUUCUCCAGGAACUGGAGGGAGCCACCAAACAUCCCAUGCCCGAAAUCACGUUACCAUCCGACUAUCCAGUCGACAAAAGUGCCAUCAUGCCCCAUGUCUACUUCUCUGUAUUUGCGGACCCAAAUGUUGAGACUGUUCCCCCACCCCUAGAACUUGCUUCAACGCUGUUCCGCGAUGCGAUUGUUGACACAAUCGAUACGCUAGACUGUAAUCGUCUUGUGGUAUCCCGGUUUUUAAUUGAAAUUGAUUGCUACUUCUCACCUAAUGCUUUUAUAAAACGGGCUGUUCCUUUCGACAGAGUUAUUGAGACGGCAGGCCCCGAGGGGUCCACAUGGAAACCGGAGGACGUAGCUGUGGAUGCCAUCUUUAGCCAACUCUACAAGCUCCCCGGGCCGAAUCACAAGUUGGUUUAUUAUCACUCUAUCCUUACGGAGCUUUGCAAGCUUGCGCCUGCAGCUGUGGCACCCUCUUUGGGUAGAGCAAUUAGAUUCAUGUAUAAGAACCUUGAAUCCAUGGAUACUGAACUAAUCUAUCGAUUCGUCGAUUGGUUCUCCCAUCAUCUUAGCAACUUUGGAUUCACCUGGAAAUGGGCCGAGUGGAAUGAGAAUUUAACUUUACCCGAUGUCCACCCCAAGAAAGCAUUCAUCCUUGGAGCACUUGAAAAAGAAAUUCGACUUAGUUUUGCUACACGAAUUAAGGGCACAAUUCCAGCUCCAUAUAAGGAGCUUAUCUCGGAAGCUAAGGAAAAAGAACAACCACACUUUAAGUAUGAUUCUGAAGACGAGCCAUUCUGCAAAGAAGCCAAAGAAGUCCUCCACGCAGUAGCAGACAAGAAGGAGGACGCAGAAGUUGAUGCCAUUCUUGCCAAAAUUGUCGAACUAGCCAAGGAGAGCGGUGUUGCAGACCCCCUAUUUGUCGCACGUGAUGCAUAUGUUACCGCAAUCUGCCAUAUUGGUGCAAAGUCGCUAUCCCACGUAUUGAGUUGUAUCGAGCGGUGCAAGGAAAAGCUCCUAGCCAUAGGAAACGAAUCCCCGGAUGCCAGACGUCAGAUCGUCGGCUCGGUACUAAGCUAUUGGGAAGACCAACCAGGUAUUGGCGCAAAUGUGGUCGACAAGCUCCUAAAUUACUCCAUUGUAACUCCCUUAUCAGUUGUCGAGUGGGUUCUCCACGACGCUGGGAAUAAGGCUCUAUCACAUACCCAUGCCUGGGAAAUGGUUUCGACUACAAUAAACAAGGUCAAUACUAGAGUCCGACAGAUGGUCGCAGCAAGGCGGGUGAUGUCUAUCAAUGACUACACAGAGGAGCAGCUAGCGGUCUACGCCCAGACCCUGAAUGCUGCAGAAAUCGAGCAGGGGGUGCUCCUUAAUGCUGUUACGGACGCUCUGACGGCCAUGUCCGACAGCUCGGAUGAGAUGAAUGGUGGCAUAGACGUCGAGAGCAAGGCUUGGAUGCAGUGGUGGGCCAAGGGCUGGUUGCGAGCGUUCAGUAGGAAGUUUGGCGUCGCGGAAGGGACUGUAGUAGAACAGCCGGUUGGCGGACCCUCUGCCAGGCUUGAUCCAGAGGAUAUGGAUACUAUGUGAUCUUGAUCAGGGGGUCCCUCGGCGUGGCGGGUGUCUUGGUUUCUGUAUGAUAUACUGGCGGUACCAUUCGAGUCUUUUGUAAUCACUGGCCCAGGGGAAAUCUGCUUGGGUCAUUCAUAGGUGACAACGUUUCGAUUUGUUUUACUAGUCAUCCCUCUUUCUUCCUCUUGAAAAAUCAAAAACAAAAACAAACUAGG